AACAAGGGCUCCUGACUCUGCAGAUCUGAGAGAACAGGCACUGCCACAGCUGCUGGGAUCACAAGUUUCACUCACAGAGGGGUGAGAGGCUGCACCAGACUGCAGAACAAGUCACAGGGGCGCAGCUUCGACAGAAUCCUUUUGCACUUUUUGGGGGGGUUCAUUCUCCUUUUUUCCCCCCAUUAUAUUGUUUUAAAUAAUUUUCAGCGCAUUUUUAAGAGCCCGAUGCCUUCAUCUCACUCACCGUAACGUUGCCACUGGCGAGAGCGUAACAUCCAAGAACUCUGCCUGAGAAGACUCUUGGAUCAGAAAUGGGCACCAGAUUGCUGCGGCUGUCGCUCGUUCUGUCAGUGGCGUUUUGCGCCGGGCAGGACGCAGGCACCGGAGCCACGAAGGAGGACAUCCCGGAGGGCGCAUCCACCCUCGCAUUCGUGUUUGAUGUGACCGGCUCCAUGUAUGACGACCUGGUCCAGGUUAUCGAGGGUGCAUCAAAGAUUUUGGAAACAUCCCUGAGCAGACCGAAGAGACCUUUGUAUAACUUCGCCCUGGUGCCCUUCCAUGACCCAGAGAUUGGACCCGUAACAAUCACAACAGACCCGAAGAAGUUCCAGUAUGAGCUGCGAGAGCUGUACGUUCAGGGAGGUGGGGACUGUCCAGAGAUGAGCAUCGGUGCCAUCAAGAUCGCCUUGGAGAUCUCCUUGCCGGGAUCCUUCAUUUACGUCUUCACAGAUGCCCGUUCCAAAGAUUACAAGCUGACCCACGAAGUCCUGCAGCUCAUUCAGCAGAAACAGUCACAGGUGGUGUUUGUGCUGACGGGCGACUGUGAUGAUAGGACUCACAUCGGUUACAAGGCGUACGAGGAGAUUGCCUCCACAAGCUCUGGGCAGGUCUUCCAUCUGGACAAGAAACAGGUCAAUGAGGUUCUUAAAUGGGUAGAGGAGGCGGUUCAGUCCUCAAAGGUCCACCUGCUGUCCACGGAUCAUUUCAGUGGUGUCAGCAACACUUGGCAGCUGCCCUUUGACCCCAGCCUCAAGGAAGUCACCGUGGCUCUCAGCGGCCCCGCGCCUCACAUCGAGAUAAAGAACCCCCAGGGGAGGCUUGUGGGGGAAAGCGACGGCCUCACUGAGCUCUUGCACAUUCCCAACUCCGCCAAAGUUGUCAACAUCAAGGAUCCGCAGCCUGGGAUGUGGUCUAUCAAGACUUCUAGUGAAGGAAGACACUCGGUCCGUAUCUCAGGUCUCAGCACCAUUGACUUCAGAGCCGGGUUUUCCCGGAAACCCACCCUGGACCUCAAAAAGACCAUGAGUAGGCCAGUCCAAGGUGUUCCCACCCACAUCCUGCUGAACACCACCGGACUGUCUCCUCCUGCUCGGGCCGACAGGCUGGAGCUCCUCUCCAUUAUGGGCAAAGUGAUCAAAACUUUGCCAAUCCAGUACUACCCGGAGCGCCAGCCGUACGGACUCUGGAACAUCACCGAGUUCAUUCCACCCAACGAGGCCUUUUUCCUGCGGGUGACAGGAUACGACCGGGACGGCUUUCUGUUCCAGAGAGUCUCCAGUGUUUCCUUCUCUAGUAUCAUACCUAACGCUCCUAAGGUGCUGAUGCCUGCCACAACUCAUGGUUAUUACCUGCAAAGUGGAGCUGUCACCUGCCAGGUAGAGAGCUUAAUCCCCUUCACUCUGCGCUUCACCAGGGACGGGAGACGUCUCGGGGUGGACCAACUCUUCAGUGAAUCUGACAGUGCAUCUUGGGAAAUAGCCGAGGUAACUCUGAAGGAUGAGGGCUACUACGAAUGCAUUGCCAUCAGCAGCGCUGGGACAGGACGAGCUCGAACCUUCCUCGAUGUAUCAGAGCCGCCUCCGGCCGUCACGACCGCGGGGAACGUAACCGUCCCUCCCGGCUCUCGCGCCGUUCUCACCUGCCACGUCGUCAGCACCGUCAACUUCAACCUCACCUGGCUGAGAGGAGGCCACGACGCCCGUCUGGACCCACGGGUGAACAUCCUGACGAACCUGUCGCUGCAGGUGUCCUCCGUGACCCCGGAUCACUCCGGCUGGUACGAGUGCAUCGCGAUAAACGAAGGAGGGGCGACUGCAGAGCGGAUCUACCUCACUGUGCAAGAGGUGCCCAGGGUCUCAGUGGAGCCGAGAAAUCAGACCUUUAUGACAGGAGACGAUAUGAGGAUCAGGUGCUCGGCCAGCGGCUACCCCCCUCCCCGUCUGGUCUGGACCCACAACGACAUGUUCAUUACGGCAUCCAGUCGAAACAGAAUGAAUCCUGAUGGAACUCUAGUUAUGAGAAACAUGGAGAAAAAAGAUGGAGGCGUUUAUGGCUGCCUGGCCAGCAACCAGGCUGGGACGGACACCAUGAGCUCCAUCCUGACUUACAUUGAACCUCCUGUGGUGACGGUGGCUUUAAGUGAGAUUCUGAUUGGCAUUGGAGAAACCACUGUGAUGGCCUGUUCAGCAUCUGGGAUCCCUCAGCCUGAGAUCUCGUGGUACAAAGGUGAUGUCAAGCUACGUUCAUCGACCGUCUUAGAGGUUGACACGUUGGGAGGGACGCUGACCAUCAAGGAGACCCAGGACGUUGAUGCUGGAGAUUACACCUGUGUGGCUGUUAAUGAUGCUGGCACCUCGUCAGGAAAAAUCUCUCUCGAUGUAGGAGCUGCACCCAAGUUCACUCGAGAGCCGUCAGAUGUGGCGGUAGACAUCGGCUCCAACGUUACCUUGACGUGCCAAGCCCAAGGUUACCCCGAACCACAGGUCACCUGGCGGAGAGAGGACGGCGCCCCCCUUUUCACCAGGACCCGCACACAUGGCACAAUCUCAACAAGGAAGGGAGAGCUGCACAUCAAUCACUUAUGGGUGGAGGAUGAGGCAGUGUAUAUCUGUGAGGCCAAAAACCACUUUGGAAGGAUCCAAACCCAGGCCAGCAUUACUGUGACGGGACUUGUCUUACCUGUCAUUGCACUGAGUCCGACUGAACUCAGUGUGAUUGAGGACCAGCAGUUGACUCUACCCUGUGUGCUGCUUGCUGGAAAUCCACUUCCUGAGAGGCAGUGGCUACACAACUACGGCCUGGUGACCUCAGACCAGUAUGUGACGGUGAGGAGGGAUGGGAGUCUGCACAUUGAGAGAGUUCAGCUGGAUGAUGCCGGUGACUACACCUGCUUUGCUGAGAACGUUGUUGGGGCCACCAAUCACACGACAACUGUCAACGUUUAUGUGAUUCCUACUAUUCAGCACGGCCCUCAAGUAUUCAGCACAAUUGAAGGAACACCCAUCACUCUGCCCUGCCGCGCCAUUGGAGUACCAACGCCUGACAUCAAGUGGUCCAAGGGUGGGGAGCUGCUGAACUUGGGUGGUCCGGCCUUCUCCCUGGAUUCUGAUGGCAGCCUCUUCAUCACCUCCCCUUCUGGAAAUGAGACUGGAGAGUUCAUCUGCACAGCUACCAACGCUGCAGGCUUUGCUUCCAGGAAGGUUCAGCUCACUGUCUAUGUUCGACCUAGAUCUAACAUCGGUGGGAUCGGAGGCUCAGCGGAGCCGCUGAGGAUGACGGUGAUUGAGGGCCAGGAUGCCGUUUUGCCAUGUGAAGUCCACAGUGUUCCACCUCCCACAAUCAGCUGGGCCAAAGAGAGGCAGCUCAUCUCUCCUUUCUCUCCCAGGCAUAGCCAGCUGCCCUCUGGAUCUAUGAAGAUCUUGGAGACUAGAGUGUCAGACAGUGGACUUUAUGUGUGUGUUGCCUCCAAUAUUGCUGGUAACCUGACACAGUCCAUUCAGCUGAGUGUUUUGGUGCCUCCUAGCAUUCAGGCUGGCCCCAGGGUGAUGAAGGUACAGGUGGGUCACCCCGUGGAGCUGCCCUGCGUGGUGAGAGGGGUCCCAGAGCCGACGCUCACUUGGAGUAAGGAUGGUAAAAUGUACCGGGUGUCGCCCGAUGGCAGCCUGGCUCUUGGAAAUGUGGAACUGGAUGACGAAGGAACCUACAUCUGCACAGCCACCAACGAUGCAGGCAGAGAUGAGACUCGAGUUCAGCUUCUAGUUCAAGUGCCCCCUGUUGUUGAGGUUUUGGAGCCCCCAUUCAACAGUCCGCUACAGGAGAGAGUUGCAAACCAGCGUAUCGCAUUCCCCUGCCCUGCCAAAGGUCUUCCUAAGCCAGUGAUUCGUUGGUUGCGUAAUGGCCAGGAGCUGACCGGUAACGAGCCCGGUGUGUCCAUCCUGGAGGACGGGACGCUGCUAAUUCUGGCCUCUGUGUCGCCGCUGGACAAUGGAGAAUACGUCUGCGCCGCCGUCAAUGAUGCUGGAUCCACCGAGAGAAAGUACCAGCUCAAAGUGAAUGUUCCCCCAGAUUUCCGUGACAGUGAAACACCUGGUAACAUCUCAGUGGUCCUGAGUCAGCCCACCAACCUGGUGUGUGACGUCACAGGAAGUCCGACCCCGGUCAUCACCUGGUACAAAGACGGGACUCCUGUAGUCGCCAGUAGCAGCGUCCAGAUUCUGGAUACGGGAAGAACCCUGAGACUACUCAAGGUAGCGACAGCAGACGCAGGAAGCUACAGCUGCAAAGCCAUCAACGUCGCAGGCAGCACGGAGAAAGACUUUUAUUUAGACGUGCUGGUCCCUCCGACGAUUGACGGGUCAGAUUCUCAUCGUGAUGUCUCAGCCGUUCUCAAACAAGAUGUAACUCUUGAGUGCAGGGUGCAAGGAAUACCCUUUCCCACAAUCCAGUGGUACAAGGACCGCAAGCUGGUGUUUCUUGGCGAUCCCAAUCUGGAGGUCACAGACCGGGGUCAGGUUUUGAGGAUAAAAAGCGCCCGCCUUGGAGACCAGGCGCGCUACCAGUGUAGCGUCAUGAAUACAGCUGGAAAACAGUCAAAGGACUUCAACCUUAGUGUCUAUGUGCCCCCGUCCAUCAAAGGAGGUAACCUAACCACUGAGGUGACUGCGCUGCUGGACACGUUGGUGACGCUGGAGUGUGAGGCGCGGGGGGUGCCGCUCCCCACCAUCACCUGGUACCGAAAAGGGGAGGCCGUCCUGUCCAGUCGACAGGCUCAGUACGUGGAGCGAGGCCACUACCUGAAGAUCCCCCGGGCGCAGGCGUCCGACGCUGGUCAGUACACCUGUAAGGUGACCAGCGUGGCCGGGAGCGCCGAGAAGAACUACGAGCUGGACGUCUACCUGCCUCCCACCAUUGCGGGGGGAGAUGAGUGGCCCUCGGAGAGAAAAGUGGUUCUCAGUAAACCCCUGGUCCUGGAGUGCAAGGCAGGGGGGCACCCUCCGCCGUCUCUCACCUGGCUGAAGGACGGCGUCCCGGUGCGCGAUGGGGAAAGUGUCCGCGUCCUUGAGCAGGGGAAGAAAAUAGAGAUCGUCUCAGCCACCGUGUCGGACUCUGGACGCUACAUCUGCGUGGCCACGAGCAUCGCCGGGGAGAAGGAGGUCAAAUACGACGUCAAGGUUUUAGUUCCUCCGUUCAUCGAUGGAGCCGACGUUGUGACGGACAACACAGUUAUAAUCAACAGCCCUCUGGAGCUGGAGUGUCAGGCCACCGGGACGCCUGCUCCUGUUAUCACGUGGUAUAAGGAUGGAAAACCAGUGAGACAGGCUGAAGGUUUGCGUGUUGCAGCCAGCGGGCGACGGCUGAUUGUUUCCCGCGCUCAGGUCUCUGACACGGCUCGUUUUCAGUGUGUGGCCACUAAUGAGGCAGGAGACCAUGAAAGGGACUUCAAUGUAGUUGUCCAAGUACCUCCAUCCAUUCGUACCACUGGGCCUGCUGAGCGUUCAGUGGUUCUCCAGAAGUCCAUCAGUCUGGAGUGCAUCUCCAGCGGCAUCCCACCCCCCAGCAUUACCUGGCUUAAAGAUGGCCGCCCUGUUGACACAACAAAGGAGCACCUUAAGCUGGAGUCGGUGGGAAGAACAUUAACAAUCACAGAGGCAAGACUGGAGGACUCUGGGAAAUACACCUGCCUCGCCACUAAUGCAGCUGGUGAAGCUCAGCAGAACAUCAGGCUCAGUGUCCAUGAGCCUCCCAGUAUUCCAAAUUCUGGAGAGAUCAUCAACGAGACCAUCCUGUCAGGCUUUCCCACUGAGCUCGAGUGCAAGGCCACGGGGAGCCCGCUGCCCGCGAUCACAUGGUACAAAGAUGGCCGACCUCUGACCAGUGCGGCUGGUGUGAGGAUGCUGAAGCGCGGCCAGGUGCUGGAGGUGGAACGGGCGCAGCUGUCCGACGCCGGCACGUACAGAUGUGUAGCCGUCAACCUGGCCGGAGUCGCAGAGUUAUCUUACAGCCUGCAGGUGUUCGUUCCUCCGGUCAUCUCCAGCCGUGGCGGUACUGUAACGGUCGUGGUGAAUGAGGCUGCCAGACUGGAAUGCGAGGCCACCGGUGUCCCAUUGCCCAGUCUCACAUGGCUCAAAGACGGCAGCCCUGUGGCAAGCGUUUCACAUGGCAUACAGGUGUUGUCUGGGGGCAGAGUGUUGUCUCUCAACAGUGCGCAGGUCAGUGAUACAGGCAGAUACACCUGCGUAGCCGUCAACGCUGGGGGAGAACAACAGAGAGAGUACGACCUGAGGGUCUAUGUGCCGCCUAACAUCAGAGGUGAGGAGGUGAAUGCUACGGUGAUGCUCGGUCGUCCCGUGGAGCUGCAGUGCCAGAGCGAUGCAAUCCCUCCACCUACCCUCUCCUGGCGCAAAGAUGGCCGCCCACUGUUUAGGAAGCCUGGUCUGACUGUCUCAGCUGAUGGAAGUCUCCUUAAGGUUGACAGUGCGCAGGUGCAGGACUCAGGCAGGUACACCUGUGAAGCCACCAAUGUUGCUGGAAAAACAGAGAAAAACUACAACCUAAACGUCUGGGUUUCCCCCAGCAUCCGCGGCUCAGAAGAAGCGUCUCCUCUGACUGUGGUUGAAGGAAGUCUCAUCACUCUGGUGUGCGAGUCCAGUGGCAUACCUCCUCCCAGCCUCACGUGGAGGAAGGACGGUUCCGAACUCAAGUCGGACCAGCGGCUCAGGGUUUUGUCAGGAGGUCGUCAGCUGCAGAUUUCCAGCGCAGAGAGGACGGAUACGGCCUCUUACACCUGCACAGCGUCCAGCGCUGCCGGCACCACGUCCAAGGAGUACAGCCUGCAGGUUUAUGUCCGCCCUUCCAUCAAACGCAGUGAAGGCAACACCGACGACGUUACUGUGACGAAGGGAGGGGACGUGACCCUGCAGUGCGCUGCAGAGGGCGUGCCGCAACCCGCCGUCACAUGGCUGAAGGACGGGCGGCCCAUCACAGGCCAGCACGGCGCCAAAGUUUUGAACGAGGGGAGGCUGUUGCAGAUAAAAGACGCUAAGGUGUCCGACACGGGGCGCUACACCUGUAUAGCUGUAAAUGUGGCGGGACAGGCUGACAGCAAGCAUGACGUCAGCGUACACGUUCCCCCUAGUAUCAUUGGUCAGGUGCAGUUUCCAGAAAACGUGAGCGUCGUAGUGAAGAAUCCAGUUGCUCUGAGCUGUGAGGCAUCCGGCAUCCCUCUUCCUGUCAUCUCCUGGCUGAAGGACGGGCGACCGAUCAAGACCACCAGCUCAGUGCGCGUCCUCUCAGGAGGCCGCAGCCUGCGUCUCAUGCACGUUGCUGUGGAGGAUGCUGGGAGAUACACCUGUAUUGUUUCAAACAGCGCUGGAGAAGAGCGGAAAAACUUCGACCUUGAUAUCCUCGUUCCACCAAGCAUUGUGGGAGAGGGAACUGUGGUGGACACUAAAGUAAAGGAGAAACACAACAUCACUCUCACCUGUGAGGCUUCAGGCAACCCUGUGCCAGACAUUAAAUGGCUGAAGGACGGGCAGCAGCUGGUGCCUGACGGCCGUCACCAAGUUUUGUCUCACGGACGUUUUCUCCAAAUCUCCGAGGCCCGGGUUGCAGACACAGGGAGGUACAGCUGCCUGGCGUCUAACAGCGCAGGAGACCGUAGCCGGCAUUUCAACCUCAAUGUCCUGGUGUCUCCCACCAUUGUUGGGUCGGGCCCUGACCUUUCUGCGGAGGAGGUCACGGUGACGCUGAGCAGCCCCACCUCGCUGGUGUGUGAGGUCCAGUCUUACCCUCCUGCUCUGAUCACCUGGCUUAAGGACGGCACUCCGUUUGAAUCCAGCCGUAACGUCAGAGUCCUUCCAGGUGGGCGAACGCUGCAGAUUCUCAAUGCGAAAGAAGGGGAUGCUGGGAGGUAUACCUGCGUGGCCACUAAUGAGGCUGGAGAGACUCUGAAGCACUAUGAAGUCAAGGUUUAUGUUCCUCCACUGAUCAAUAAGAACGACAUACCUGGGGAGGGACUGGUCCCUAAAGAAGUCAAGAUAAAAGUCAACAGCACGCUGACCCUGGAGUGUGUAGCUCAGGCGUUUCCUACCCCGGCACUGCAGUGGUAUAAGGAUGGACAGAUCCUGCAGACGGACGACCAUGUGUCCAUCACAGCCAGUGGACGCAUUGUUCAGAUCAAGCAUGCUCAGGUGUCAGACACUGGCCGCUACACCUGUGUAGCCACUAACAUAGCUGGAGAGGAUGAGAAGGACUUUGAUGUAAAUAUACAAGUUCCACCUAAUUUCAACAAGCCCGGCGGAGUUGGUGACGCCACGUCUCCCCCCGGCUUUGGAGGGGACGCUCGAGAUGUGAUACUUAACAAUCCCAUCUCUCUGUACUGUGAGACCAACGCCGUCCCCCCUCCGACACUCACGUGGUACAAAGAUGGACAGCUGCUGACGUCCAAUGACAAAGUUCUGAUCCUGCCAGGUGGACGAGUGUUGCAGAUUCCCAGGGCCCAGGUUGAGGACUCAGGCAGAUACACAUGUGUAGCAGUGAACGAAGCCGGAGAGGACUCCAUCCAGUACGAUGUUAGAGUGUUAUUACCUCCGAUCAUACGGGGGACGGACGGCGACUUGCCCGAUGAGGUCACAGUCCUGGUCAACAAGACUACUCAGCUGGAUUGUCAUGUGGAUGGAAACCCCGCCCCCAAGAUCACCUGGUUUAAGGACAACCAGCCAAUCGGCUCUAGCGGUCCACACAGAAUCCUCUCCAAUGGGCGAACUCUUCAGGUGCUGACUGCUCAGGUGUCUGACACAGGACGCUACGUGUGCGUCGCUGACAAUGUGGCUGGAAGUGCGGAAAAAUCCUUUAAUCUCAACGUUCACGUCCCUCCCACCAUCAUCGGCCUGAGUCUUGAGAAUGUGACAGUGGUGGUGAACAACUUUGUGUCUCUCUCCUGUGAAGCCACUGGUUUCCCUCCUCCCACACUGAGCUGGUUAAAUGACAGGGGCCCCAUUCAGGCCAACACCAAUGCACUCAUCAUGCCAGGGGGUCGUACUUUACAGAUUCUGAAAGCGAAAGUAUCUGAUGGUGGAAAGUACACGUGUGUGGCCAUGAACGCGGCAGGAGAGGCUUACAAACAGAUCUACCUCACCGUUUUCGUCCCUCCCAGUAUCCGAGACAACGGCGGGGACUCUCCCGUGGUGGUGAAUGUGCUUGUGGGUAAACCGGUGACUCUGGAGUGUGAAUCUAACGCUGUCCCUCCUCCGACCAUCACCUGGUUCAAGAACGGCAGAGCGGUGACAGAAUCCUCCAACCUGCGUAUUCUGGCGGAAGGACGGAUCCUUCAGAUUAAAGGCUCUGAGGUGUCCGAUACAGGGCAGUAUGUUUGCAUGGCCACCAAUAUUGCUGGACAAGUGGACAAGAACUUCCACUUGAAUAUCUACGUGCCUCCCAGUAUCGACGGCCCUGCAGAGGAGAGCAUCGUGGAAACCAUAAGUAACCCAGUUACUUUUGCCUGUGAUGCUACUGGAAUCCCUCCACCCAGUCUCACGUGGCUGAAAAAUGGGCGGCCCAUACAGAAUUCAGAGUCUCUGGAGAUGCAUAUCUUCUCGGGAGGCAGCAAACUGCAGAUCGCACGGUCACAGCUUUCGGACAGCGGUGCUUACACGUGCGUGGCCUCCAAUGUGGAGGGCAAAGCCCAAAAGACCUACCAGCUCACCAUUCAAGUCCCUCCCAGUAUCUCUGGAUCAGAGAUGCCCGGUGAGAUGGGAGUCCUGCUCAAUGAAAGCAUCCAGCUGGUCUGUAGAGCGCAGGGAACCCCGGCACCAACCAUCCAGUGGCUGAAGGAUGGGGAAGCUAUCAACAGUACAAGGAAUAAAGGGAUCAGGAUCAGUCCAGAUGGCAGCAGACUUACCGUGAUCCGAGCUGACAACACAGACAGCGGCAAGUACACCUGUGUGGCCGCCAACGCUGCAGGAGAAGAGGACAGAAUAUUUAAUCUGAACGUGUAUGUGCCCCCAGUGAUCGACGGCAGUGCUGACUCUGUGGAGCAGCUGAGUGCAGUUCUGGACAGCUCUGUCAACAUUGAAUGUGUUGCCACGGGAUCUCCUCUGCCUCAGCUUAACUGGCUGAGAAACGGCCUCCCGCUGCCAGUCUCCUCCCACGUACGACUCCUCUCUGCUGGACAGGUGCUCCGGAUUACACGGAUCCAGGUCUCUGACGGUGGAAGUUAUACGUGUGUUGCUUCCAACAGAGCGGGAGUGGACAACAGACAUUACAACCUACAGGUGCAAGUCCCUCCUGGUCUGGAUGGAGCAGGCAGCACAGAAGAUGUGACGGUAGUCAGAGGCAGCUCGGCUUCUCUCCUGUGCGUUGCUGAUGGGACCCCAGCGCCCACUCUCUCCUGGAUUAAAGAUGGAGUGGCUUUAAUCCCUGGCCGACAUGUCAUUCUCCUCAACCUGAAUACCACUUUGCAGAUUAGCCAGGCCCAGGUCAACGAUACGGGACGCUACACCUGUAUGGCUAACAACACCGCCGGCCAAGCUAGCCGUCACUUCAGCCUGAAAGUUCUGGACCCUCCACACAUCAAGGGCUCCGAUGUGCCAGCAGAAGUGUCUGUGGUGGUUAAUAAUGUCCUGGAGCUCCAGUGUGAAGCCACAGGUAUCCCUACACCCUCCCUGACCUGGCUGAAGGACGGACGGCCGCUCCCGCAGACCGACAGCUUGCGCAUCCUGCGGGGAGGAGAGGUGCUCCGUGUGGCCUCGGCGCAACUGGAGGACACAGGCAGAUAUAACUGCUUAGCCAACAGCCCAGCAGGUGAUGAUGACAAAGAGUUCCUGGUUCGAGUGCAUGUUCCUCCUAACAUCGUGGGUGAGAGCACACCUCAGGAUGUGUCAGUGCUAAAGAACAGACAGGUGACCCUGGAGUGCAAGUCUGAUGCUGUUCCACCUCCAACUCUUACCUGGCUCAAAGAUGGCCAACCGCUGCAGGCCUCUGCUCGUGUGCGUAUUCUGUCUGGCGGUCGCUACUUACAGAUCAACAUGGCAGAGCUCAGUGACAGAGCUCAGUACACCUGUGAGGCGAGUAACAUCGCUGGCAAGACCACCCGACAGUUUAACCUGGCUGUAAAUGUGGCCCCAGCUAUAAAGGAAGGCUCCCAGACCGUGUCAGUGCACAUCAACCAGCCAGCUGUGCUUGAAUGUAUAGUCAGUGGAGUUCCACCGCCUCGGGUCACCUGGAGGAAACACGGCGCAAUAUUGUCAGGAAACAACCCCAGGUACACAUUUGCAGAAGAUGGGUCUCUGCACAUCCACUCUGCUCAGGUGACCGACACUGGUCGCUACCUGUGCAUGGCCACGAAUCAGGCUGGUACUCAGCGCAAGAGAGUGGAUCUUCAGGUGUAUGUGCCUCCGUCCAUCGCUGACAGUCGCACCAAUGUGACGGUUAUAGUCAACGUUCAGACCACCUUGUCGUGUGAGGCCACCGGGAUACCCAAACCCACUGUGAGCUGGACGAAAAACGGACGAACCAUCAAUACUGACCAGAACCAGAAUAUGUACAGAUUACUGUCGUCAGGCUCCCUGGUCGUCAUAGCGCCCACAGUGGAGGACACGGCAGUGUAUGAGUGUGUGGUCUCUAAUGAGGCCGGGGAAGACUCCAGAUCCAUCAACCUCACAGUUAACGUUCCUCCAUCGAUAGCAGAUGAGCCCACAGAGCUGGUUGUAACCAGACUGUCCCCGGUGGUCAUUGCUUGUACUGCAUCCGGGAUCCCAGAGCCCACAAUCCUCUGGAGCAAAGAUGGCAUGAAACUCCCCACACAGGGACAAGGAUACAGCAUCCUACCAGCAGGUCCGGUUGAGAUCACUUCUGCAGAGCUAGGUCACGCUGGACGCUACACAUGCACGGCCAACAAUGUGGCGGGCUCCACCCACCGCCACGUGCAGCUCACGGUGCAGGAGCUCCCACUGAUCCAGUCCCAUCCAUCCAGCCUGGAUGUGAUCCUCAAUAACCCCACCACUCUGCCAUGCAGGGCCACAGGCUCACCCAGACCCACCAUUACCUGGCAGAAGGAGGGGAUCAACAUACCCACCAGAGGUGGUAGCUUCACUAUACUCCCUAAUGGAAGCCUGCAGAUCUCCAAGGCGUCUGUAUCAGACUCUGGGACCUACAUAUGUGUGGCUCAGAACCCUGCAGGGACGGCGCUCGGCAAAACCAAACUCAGGGUACAAGUUCCCCCAGCGAUCAGGUCAGAGACUCGGGAAUACCUGGCACCCGUGGACUCCUCUGUGACGCUGCAGUGUCAAGCGGACGGCUCCCCUCCACCCACGGUCACGUGGCACAAAGACGGGCAGCUGCUGAGUGAAACCGUACGCCAGCGGGUUCUGAGUUCGGGGUCGCUGCACGUCGCCUUCAUUCAGCCGAGCGACGCUGGACGAUACACGUGCACUGCUGCCAACGCUGCGGGCACUGUCAGCCUGGAAAUGAGCCUCACCGUGCAGAUUCCUCCGUCUAUUCGUGGUGGGGAGCAGGAUGUUGCAGUGGUGGAAAACAGUCAGGCCCAGCUGGUGUGCGUGGCGCAGGGUGUCCCUCAGCCUACGCUGUCCUGGGAAAAAGACGGUAAUCCUCUCAGUGAAAGCGCGGGCGAGUACACGAUCCUGCCCUCCGGGGAGCUGGUUAUUGACAUUGCUCAGCCUGACGACGCAGGCGGUUACACAUGCGUUGCCACCAACGCAGUCGGACAGGACAGUCGGACGGUGACUCUGUCGGUUCACACUCACCCCGUCUUUACUGAGCUGCUUGGAGAUGUGGCCCUCAACAAGGGAGAGCGCCUCGUGCUGGCCUGCAGGGUCAGCGGCACCCCCCUACCCAGGAUCACAUGGGCCUUCAACAACAACAUCAUCCCAGUUCAUUAUGACCACGUGAACGGUCACAGUGAGCUGGUGAUAGAGAGAGUGAGCAAAGACGACUCUGGCACAUACACCUGCGUGGCAGAAAACAGCGUGGGGACCAUCAAGUCUCUUGGCUUCGUUUAUGUCAAAGAGCCUCCUAUAAUUGAUGGGGACCUUCACUCCAACCGCAUUGAGCCUCUGGGUGGAAAUGCCAUCCUGAACUGCGAGGUCCGAGGAGACCCGCUGCCGACCAUCCAGUGGAGCAAAAACGGAAUAAACAUCCAGAUCAGCAACCGAAUACGCCAACUGGACAACGGCUCGCUGGCCAUUUAUGGCACGGUGAGCGAAGAUGCGGGCAACUACAUGUGUGUGGCGACAAAUGACGCUGGAGUGGUGGAAAGAAGCGUCACGCUUACGUUACAGAAUGCACCCACCAUCACUGUGGAGCCAGUAGAGACAGUAAUGGAUGCCGGCACCACGGCCGUGCUCAACUGUCAGGCGGAGGGUGAGCCCACGCCCAUGAUAGAGUGGUCUCGUCAGGGGCGCCCCCUACUGGGCAAUGACCGCUUCUCCACCUUGUCCAAUGGCUCCCUCAGGAUCAGCAGCGCCCAGAAGGAGGACACGUCUGAGUACGAGUGUGUGGCCAGAAACUUGCUCGGAUCGGUGCUGGUCAGGGUCACUCUUACUGUCAGAGUUCAUGGUGGCUACUCAGAGUGGGCAGAGUGGAGUCCGUGCAGUGUCUCCUGCGGUGUCGGAGCCCAGAAGAGGCUGAGGCGGUGUAACAAUCCUUUACCUGCCAAUGGAGGCCGCCACUGUGCAGGAUCAAACACAGAGAAACGCAGCUGUCAGGGAAAACCCUGCCCAGUUGAUGGUAGCUGGUCAGAGUGGUCUCUGUGGGAGGAGUGCUCACGUACCUGCGGUCAGGGCAACAGGACCAGGAUCCGGACCUGCAGUAGCCCUCCUGCUCAGCAUGGAGGCAGGCCGUGUGAGGGGAAGGCAGUGGAGGUCAUCAUGUGCAGUGUCCGACCAUGUCCAGUGGCAGGUAACUGGGGGUCUUGGCUACCAUGGAGCCCGUGCAGUGAGACAUGUGGGAAAGGCAUGCAGUCCAGGAUCCGGCUGUGCAACAACCCCCCUCCUGCAUUUGAUGGUCCACAGUGUGAGGGCACGGACACCCAAACGCAAGUGUGCAAGGAGAGACCGUGUCCUGUGGAUGGAAAGUGGUCAUCCUGGGUGAGCUGGGGAGCCUGCAGUGUUUCCUGCGGAGGUGGGACCAGACAGAGGACACGCCUCUGUGCCAGCCCCGCCCCCCAGCAUGGUGGCAGGCAGUGUGAGGGCAACGAUGUGCAUAUUGACUUCUGUAACAGCGAACCCUGCCCGAUCAACGGCAACUGGGGUCCAUGGAGCAGCUGGGGCAGCUGCAGCAGGACGUGUAAUGGGGGUCAGAUGAGGCGUUACAGGACCUGUGACAACCCCAGGCCUGCUAAUGGCGGGAGAGCCUGCGCAGGUUCUGAUACACAUAUGCAACGAUGCAGCACGGCCAGUUGCCCUGUUGAUGGUAACUGGGGUUCAUGGCAGCCAUGGGGAGAAUGCUCCUCUUCCUGUGGAGGUGGAGAGAGGACACGUGUCCGACUCUGUAACAGUCCGUCAUCUAGUAACGGCGGCAGGCCGUGUCCAGGGGACUCCACGCAGCUGUCCAGGUGCAACACUCAGGCCUGCCCAGGUGGGCCCCAGAAGGCUCGGGGAAGCAUUAUAGGGAACAUCAAUGAUAUUGAGUUUGGCAUCGCCAUCCUCAACGCCACCAUCUCAGACAGCAGGUCUGGUGGUAAAAUCAUCAAAGCCACAAUAUCUAAUGUACCAAGGACUUUAGGUCCUGCCAUGAGGAAGCUCGUCUCCAUCCUGAACCCCAUCUACUGGACCACUGCACAGGAAGUCGGAGAGGCCGUCAACGGCUACACGCUAACCGGAGGCAUCUUCAGGCGAGAGACACAGGUGGAGUUCGCUACAGGUGAGAUCCUGAGGAUGACCCACAUCGCCAGAGGCCUGGACUCUGAUGGAGCCUUGCUAUUGGACAUUGUAGUGAAUGGACACAUCCUACAGCUGCCUUCACAUGCCGACAUCAGCAUCAAGGACUACACAGAGGAUUACAUCCAGACAGGUCCAGGCCAGCUGUACGCUCUGUCCACCCGCAUGUUCAGCAUCGACAAGGAGAGCGUGCCGUACUCUUGGAAUCACACCAUCUCCUACGCCCCAUCCAAAGGGAAGAUGCCCUACCUGGUAGAAACGUUGCAGGCCACGGCCAUCAGUGCUCAAUAUCACCCACUGGAGGAGGUGUUGGAGUAUAAGAUCCAAGCUAGUAUCUCCAAAGGCGAUCGCAGUAACCAGUGUCCUCAUGGCUUCACUUUGGUGUCUGCUGGGCCUUACUGUUCAGAUGAAAACGAAUGUGAGGUUGGGAACCCCUGCUCUCACGCCUGCCACAACGCCAUGGGCACCUACUACUGCUCCUGUCCUCGGGGCCUCACCAUCUCUGCUGACGGCCGGACGUGUCAAGACAUCGAUGAGUGUUCACUGGGUGGGAACGUGUGCCAUGACGGACAAGACUGUGAGAACACCAUCGGCUCUUACAGGUGUGUCCUCCGCUGUGGGCGUGGCUUCAGGAGAACAACGGACGGUCUCAGCUGCACAGAUGUGAAUGAGUGUCAGGAGUCCAGUCCUUGCAAUCAGCACUGUUUAAACACCAUCGGUAGUUACCGCUGUGCCUGUGAGCCAGGCUUUCAACUCAGGAAUAGACGCUGUAUAGAUAUAAACGAGUGCAGACAGAGAGUUUGCCGUUCAGAUCAGCAGUGCAAAAACACCCGGGGUGGUUACACCUGUAUCGACCUGUGCCCCAAUGGCAUGACCAAAGGUGGAAACGGCACGUGUGUCGACAUCGACGAGUGCAGAGACGGCACCCAUCAGUGCAGAUACAACCAGAUCUGUGAGAAUACCAGAGGCAGCUACCACUGUACCUGCCCACGUGGCUUCAGAUCUCAGGGAGUAGGACGUCCCUGCGUUGACGUAAAUGAGUGUGAGCGGCUUCCGCAGCCUUGCGCCCACCAGUGCGUCAACACUCCCGGCAGCUACAAGUGCACCUGCCCACCGGGACGCCACCUGCUGGGUGACGGCAAGUCCUGCGCUGGGCUUGAGCGGCUGCCCAGCUAUGAGAGUUACUCGUACGGCUACCGCACGUCUCACUCCUCUCCCGAGCGCAGCGUCGACCAGCGGCUGUACCACAACUUGGCCUCUCAGAGCUACCACUCCUACGCAGCCGCCACAAGGGGGCGUUACAGGAGCCGUAGUCGCAGAGAGGCUCGCGUAGACUCCUCGCGUCAGGGCUUCCUUGUUUGUCAGCAGGGGUUUGAGCCCAGGGGUGGCCGCUGUUUAGACAUCAAUGAGUGUGAAGUGAGGGACACCUGCCAGCACGAGUGCAUGAACACACCAGGAAGCCACAGGUGUCUCUGUCCGGCCGGCUACCGCCUCAUGGCCAAUGGGAAGACGUGUCAAGAUGUAGACGAGUGUCUGGAGCAGAGCAUUCAGUGUGGAGCGAACCGGAUGUGCUUUAACAUGAGAGGAAGUUACCAGUGUAUCGACACACCCUGUCCAACAGACUACCAGAGGGAUCCAGUAACAGGGUUCUGCCUGAAGAACUGCCCCCCAAAUGACCUGGAAUGUGCGCUGAGCCCGUACGCCCUCGAGUACAAGCUGCUGUCUCUCCCCUUCGGCAUCGCGGCCAACCAGGACCUCAUCAGGCUGGUGGCCUACACGCAAGACGGAGUCAUGCACCCCAGGACCUCCUUCCUGGUGGUGGACGAGGACGUCACGUUACCCUUCGCCCUGCGAGACGAGAACCUGAAGGGGGUGCUGUUCACCACCCGGGCGCUGCGGGAGCCCCGCACGUACCGCAUGAAGGUCCGCGCCCUCUCCUACAGGGAGGACGGCGGCAUCGAGUACCAGACGACCUUCAUUGUCUACAUCGCCGUCUCUGCCUACCCGUACUGAGAGCACUUUAAAACGAGGCAAAGGUGCGGCGAUGAAUCAUGCGGCGCCACAGAGAGGGUGACGUGGCGCUGAAAGUGAGCGGGUGUGGCUUUGGACAAGUGACCACAUCAGACUGAGAAAGACUUUGCGAGAGAGAGGCCGGUGGCUGCAUGGAGCCCUGAAGACAUAGGGAAGAAAUUAAUUGGAGCUGCUGGAUGUCGACCAGACGAAACUUGCAUAAAACUGGCUAUUUAUUGGCUGUAAUCCCCGGAAACCUGUUAUUAAAAUGUUUGAUAUUUUGUCUUGUUAAUUCCCCCCCGCCCCUACAAAUUUAUUUAUAAGAUCUAGAUUUGAAUCUUCAAAGCCAAAACGUCCACUGCUGACUCAGAAAAUAGGCGUCAGCCCUACUGAAGAAGUCUCAGCCCUUCUUGUAUCUACAUCUACCUAUUGUUAACUUAUUGGGAAGUGCUUGAACAUGAUAGUGGGUGCCUUUGCUUUAGCCCUCGUGUCAUCCAUCACCGCAGUGGAUGUGUGACUGUUCAGAUUAUGGUGCUCGUAUUGGCGAUAGAAAGCUUCACUGUCACGUCUUCUAUCUACGUCCUCAGGUAUUGGCCCGUCACAUAUAAACACACACACAAGUGCCUCAAACAGAAAUCGUCCCGUCAUCAUUUCAUCAGUGUAACGCUAUAGUGCUCCAUCCAGUAGCUGAUACCAAGAUGUAUUUUAUUUUUAUGACUUGUACAUAGGCCUUUUUUUCUUAUGAUGUAAUGCUAUACUUGUACUUAUUCCAUCUGUUUUGUAAUAAAAAUGUAAUAAAUGAAUACACACACACA